UUCCAGUGUUCAGUUCUAAGUUGAAGCAGUAAGGAGUAAGCUAGGGUUUUCAAAGCAAGGAGAAAACAUUGAGUUGUUUUCUCAUAAUUAUCAUCAGUGAUGGAGGCAUCAACUUAUUCUCCAGUGGGAAAUAUAGGGACUUUGAUGAGUCUCAAUGACGACACCCUCCAAGAAAUCCUCCAAAGCUACGACGAUUUCUGCGCUGCAGCUAAAUCUCUCCUCAACGGCUCCCGUGAUCUCUCCUUUGAACACGACUUCUUUUCCCACGUUCAAACUCUCUGCAAACACGGCCUCCGUAGUCUCGCUCGGGACUAUUUUCUUAGGUCACUUGAGGAAACAUUUGAGAAAAAUGGGGCUUCGAGAUUUUGGCGCCAUUUUGAGAACUAUAGCAAAAUCGAAGAAGAUUUAUAUAAGAUUGACGAGGAUGAGAUUCAAACAGUGCUUUGUAAUGCUCUGGAGGAGAUUUGUUUGGAAAAGGAAAAUCAAGAGAAAUGCUUGUUAAUGUUAGUUCAUGCUUUACAAUCCUAUGUGGAUAAUUUAUCUAAUGAAAAGCCCAACUUUGAUGUGGGAAAAGACUAUCUUUUUUCAAAGUAUCAAUUAGUUGUUUCUUCCAUGCUUAUGGCCAACCUUCCUCCACAUUUCCCCAAGGUGCUUCACUUUUAUUUUAAGGGAAGGCUGGAGGAGUUAAAUAUCGUAAUAGAUGGAGAAUGGAACGAGGAAAAUGAGCGACCAGAUAGAGAUAAGAUGCAUUUGGAUGAAAAGAGUAAAUAUAGAACUGGUGAAAUGGAUAUUGACGAGUGCUAUUCCCAAGACAAGUUUUCUGAGAACAAUAAGUUGGUGAAGAACAUUGGGAAGGUUGUUUGCGAUCUUCGAAAUCUUGGGUUCACAUCCAUGACUGAAGAUGCCUAUGCUUCUGCUAUCUUCAUGCUUCUGAAGGCUAAAGUACAUGAUCUGGCAGGUGAUGAUUACCGGAGUUCUGUUUUGGAUUCCAUUAAGGGUUGGAUACAGGUCGUUCCUCUGCAAUUCUUGAAUGCAUUGCUUGCCUAUCUUGGUGAUUCUAUUAGUUUUGUCCAACAUUCACCUGGUACCGAAUCACCUCUGGCUUCACAACCAUCUUCAGGCUAUUUUGGAACAAGUACUCCAUCAUCAGGACUCAUUAGAUGGAAAUUGCGGCUAGAGUAUUUUGCUUAUGAAACAUUGCAAGACUUAAGGAUUGCCAAAUUGUUUGAGAUUAUUGUCGACUAUCCUGAUAGUUCUCCUGCAAUUGAAGACUUGAAGCAGUGUCUAAAAUAUACUGGACAGCACUCUAAGCUGGUUGAAUCUUUUCUUUCUGCACUAAGAUACCCGCUUACUUACUGCGGGUGCCUCAACCAAUGACAUAUUACAUCAAUAUGUUUCAACAAUCAAGGUACUCCGGACCAUAGACCCAGCUGGUGUUUUUCUUGAAGCUGUUGGUGAACCAAUAAGGGACUACUUGAGGGGAAGAAAAGACACCAUAAAGUGCAUUGUGACCAUGCUUACAGAUGGCACUAGUGGUAAUCCAAAUGGAUCUGGAGACAGUGGGGUUAGCCUUCUUGAGGAAUUAAAUAGAGAU